AUGGCUGAUGACCAUGCCUCCAAAGCCAUCAGCGCUUACGGAGCUGGCAUCAACCACACUCCAAACAUUGACCGCCUAGCAGCGGAGGGAAUGAAGUUCAACCACUGCUAUGUCACCAACUCCAUCUGCACUCCUUCCCGCGCGGCCAUUCUCACGGGCACCCACAACCAUGUCAACGGCGUCAUGACGCUGAACGACAACAUCAACAAGCAUUUACCAAACGUUGCGAAGCACAUGCGUACCGGCGGGUACAGGACGGCAAUGGUCGGCAAGUGGCACUUGGGCGAAGACAGACCACACGAACCCACCGGCUUCGACUACUGGUCUGUCCUCCCCGGGCAGGGGGAUUACUGGGAUCCCGAGUUCAUUGAGCCAGCGGGCGAAAAGGUCGAAGAUGGCUAUGUUACAGACAUCAUCACCGACAAGUGUCUCGACUGGAUCUCCAAGACGAAAGACACCAACAAGCCCUUCUUUCUCAUGUGCCACCACAAGGCGCCGCACCGCUCGUGGGAGUGCGACGAGAAGCACAAGGACCUAUACAAAAAGCCGAUACGCGUCCCCGAAACAUACGACGACGACUACAAGAACCGCGCCAAGGCUGCAAAGGUUGCAAAGAUGCGCGUGGCUGAAGACAUGACAUACCAGGAUUUGGGCCUCGUGCAGCCAGAUGGUGGCAACAAGGUUGGCGAGCGUGUCGUUCAGGAGGCGGGCUCUGCCCAGCGCAAGAUUCCCGUCGAUGCCAAGAGGCUGAUUGAUAAGGAGGACGGGACGGUGUUCACCUUCAAGAGCCAGGACGACCUUGCUCAUUUCAAGUUUCAGAGGUACAUGCAGCGAUACUUGCGUACUAUCCAGUCUGUCGACGACAACGUCGGGCGCAUGCUUGACUACCUCGAAACAAACGGGCUUGCGGAGAACACCAUUGUAAUCUACACUUCAGACCAGGGCUUCUUCCUUGGCGAACACGGCUGGUUCGACAAGCGAUUCAUGUACGAGGAGUCUUUCCAGGUGCCAUUCCUCAUUCGAUACCCGGCGGGAAUCGCCAAAGGCUCCGUAUGCGACGACAUCAUCUGCAAUGUCGACUUUGCGCCCACCUUCCUCGACUUCGCAAAUCUCCAUAUCCCGAGCUACAUGCAAGGCGAAUCUUUCCGCCAGUUGCUUCAGGGAAACACACCGGCAGAUUGGCAACAGAUCGCCUACCACCGUUACUGGAUGCACAAUGACAUUAUCCAUCACGCCUACGCGCAUUAUGGCGUAAGAGACCAGCGAUACAAACUCAUCUACUGGUACAACGAGCCGUUGGAUGUGAGUGGCGCCAGGCCGGGCGGGGAGAAGGAUAAGGAGUGGGAGUUGUUCGACUGCGACAAGGACCCAUUGGAACUGUUCAAUGUGUACCGCGAUCCCGCUUAUGCCAAGACGGUGAAGCACAUGACACGAUUACUAGAGUUGAAGAUGGAACAAAUUGGAGAUGAGCCAGUUCAUCCGAGGGGUGGUGAUGUUGGCGAGUCGGUGGAUUUGGCAAGUAAAUUGUGA